AUGCAUUCUCCUUUUAUCUUAUGUCUGCUCGAGCCUUUCAGUUCGCCUGAUUGGCUUGAGUUUUUUAGAAUUCGCUUUAAUUUUGAUAAUGUUUUUUCUUCUGCUAGUAAUAAAAUUUGGCUUUUCUGGAAUAAUGAUUUUGCAGUAACAUUUGAGAGUCAAACUGAGCAGUGUGUUACGAUUUCAUGUGUACAUUCUACCGUGCUCAUGCCUUUUUGGCUCUCAUUUGUUUAUGCCAAAACCAAGGAGCGCCUCCGGGACCCGUUGUGGGCUGAGUUGAAACAUGUAUUCUCUUUGAUUCCUGGAGGGGUUCCUUGGUCAGUCGCAGGUGAUUUUAAUUGCUUGUUAAGUGUGGACGAGAAAAAAGGUGGGCUCCUGUAUUCACAUCGGAAGACUACUGACUUUCAGGAGUGUGUCAGUGCGUGUGACUUGAUUGACGCAACCUACUACGGCUCUUGUUUCACUUGGUGGAAUGGGCGGCGUAGGGAGGCGGCUAUAUGGAUGCGUUUGGAUCGGUUUCUCUUUACUUCGGUAUGGGAAUCGGUUUUCAAAACGUCUGUACGGCACUUGUCAAAGUCCACGUCUGACCACAGUCCAUUGCUGAUAUCCUGUGAUUUAUUGAGUACGCAGGUAAUACCGAAGCACUUUGUGUUCUUAAAUGUGUGGAUCAAGCACGAGGGCUUUUUGAGGGUGGUGCGUGAUAGCUGGGAGGUCCCUGUGGAGGGGGGCCCUAUGUUUGUAAUGGCCACCAAGUUGAAUAGAUUGAGUAAGGUUCUGAGCAGGUGGAGCAAGACUGAAUUUGGGGACAUUUUUGUAAAGCUCCGGGAGUAUGAGGAUAGUGUUCCGACCCUUGAGGCUGCCUUGCAGCAACACCCGGAUGAUGAAAAUGCUUUAACUGAAUAUAAAAAGGGUGUUGCUUUGCUGCAGAAACAGAUUGCAAUUGAGGAGGAAUAUUGGCAGCAAAAGGCGCGUGUCACCGAGGUUCAGGAUGGGGAUAGGAACUCCCGAUUCUUUCACUCUAUUGUUAAGGAACGCAGGCGUAAGCUAUACAUACACAGGGUGAAAAAUGGGGAGGGGGUUUGGCUGGAGGACAGGCAGGGAAUUGCUGAUCAAGCAGUUUCUUUCUUUGAGCAUAUGUUUACUGCCGAAAUUGGAGGGUUUGAUUUGGACAGAUUGGAUUGUGUCCCGCGGUUGGUUACUGACGAGGAUAAUGAACAGUUGACAGUAGUGCCAGAAGUGGGUGAGAUAAAAGCGGUGGUUAUGCAGAUGAACUCUUCGAGUGCGGCAGGGCCGGAUGGUUUCUCGGGGGCCUUUUAUAAGGCUUGCUGGGAUAUUAUUCAGGAUGAUGUUGUUAGUAUGGUUCGGAGCUACUUUGCAGGGCAGGACUUUACCAGGGCUAUCACGCACACAUCCAUCGUCCUUUUGCCAAAGAAGCCGAGCCUGGAGACUUUUGCAGAUUAUAGACCUAUCAGUUUGUGCAAUUUCAGUAGCAAGUUGGUUACGAAGCUCAUGGUGGUUCGGAUGGCUACGGUUUUGCCCCGAGUGUUGUCCCCGCAGCAGAGUGGGUUUGUAGCUGGUCGGUCCAUCACGGACAAUGUUCCGCUCGCUUCUGAGAUGUGCCAUGCUUUGAGUUUGCAGAACCUGGACAUUGUGCUGAAACUGGAUAUGGCUAAGGCAUAUGAUCGGGUUUCGUGGUUUUUCUUGACUUCGGUGAUGCGCCGCCUGGGUUUCAGUGAGAUUUGGAUAGAUAUGGUGUUCCGGGCUGUGUCGAAUGUUUGGUACUCCGUGAUUGUAAAUGGGGUAAAGGAAGGUUUUUUCACAUCUACGCGGGGCCUCAAGCAAGGGGAUCCUUUGUCCCUGACUUUGUUUGUGAUUGCAGCCGAAGUUUUAUCUGUUUACCUUGCUCGGGUUUAUGAUGGCACCGCUGUGCCCCGGUUUACACAGCCGCCGGGGACACCUCAUAUACAUCACCUGGCUUAUGCGGAUGACGUGAUUAUUUUUAGUACAGCCAGGUUGGGUGCGAUUCAGGAAGUAAUUAAGGCAUUGAAGGAGUACGAGGAGAUUUCGGGACAGUUGGUGAGCUUUCAGAAGAGUGCAUUUUAUGUGCACCCUUGUACUCCGGCUUGUGAGAUUGACAGCAUUCGCAGGGCAACAGGUUGUGUGCAUAAAGAGUUUCCAUUUACCUAUCUGGGUUGCCCUGUAUAUCUGGGCCGCAAGAAAUGUAAUCAGGGACUUGGAAAGAUGCUACGCGAGUUUCUGUUGGAAAGAAUCGGGGGGUGCCCGGUAUCAUUGGAGUUCGUGGAAAACUCUGUCCCGUCCCAAAAAGGAGGAGUUGGUUUCCUGGACUUGGAUAUCAUGGUAAGAGCAGCCAGCGCGAAAUUGUGGUGGAAUUUCCGCACGGAGCAUACACUUUGGUCAGAUUUUAUGAGGGCCAAGUAUUGCAGCCGGGUGCACCCGGUUGCUAAGUUGGUUCAGACUACUGAUUCGCACACCUGGAAGCGGAUGUUGAUGGUUCGUGAUGAGGUUGAGGGGGUCUUGACUUGGCGGUUGUUCCGAGGCUGGGUUAAUUUCUGGUGGGACAACUGGUCGGGUCUGGGCCCACUCGGCAGACUGUAUCCAUCUCGGGGGGUUUCCUACUCCCGGGAGUUGCUUCUGGAUUAUGUGCGGGACGGUGAGCUUGAUUUGACUGGCCAUGAUGACUUGGCUUAUGCGGGGGUUAAUGCGGACUUGUCCCGAAUGGGGCAGGGACCGCGUGACAUCCCACUUUGGACCGUGGCUUCUGAUGGUAUGUUUUCUUACUCCUCUGCUAAGGCCUUCCUUAGGCCUGCUAUGCCCACUGCACCGGAUCCUCUCUUAGCUAAAUGUUGGCGCAAACACCUUCCGUUUAAGGUGUCCUUCCUGGCUUGGAGAGUGUUCCGAGGGCGGCUUCCCACAGAUGACAUCUUGUCUCGUUUCGGUCAUGUGAUUGUUUCGAGGUGUUGGUGUUGUCCAGCCCCGGUUCCUAAGUCUAUUGAUCAUAUUUUUUAUUCCGGGGAAACGGCAGGAUCUGUUUGGAGAUAUGUUUUGGCGUCCCUUGGCCUCCAGUCGCGACAUCGGAGUCUUGGGACAUUGAUUGCGAGUUGGGGCCGGGGAGGGGCGCGUAACCCUUUAUUUUCCUUUGCUGUUAGCAGGUUGCCGUAUUUGAUUUUGUGGGAGCUGUGGAAACACCGUAAUGGGUGUAUGCAUGGACGGGACACCCCUAGCAUUGUGCGAGUGAUGCAUGGGGUCGCAAAGGGGGUGGCGGAAUGUCUGUUUAGGCGGUGGCCUAUGCAGCAUAUCCUACCCUCUAAUUGGAGGACGAUUGUGGCAUACUUGGAGGCACAUGUGCCGAGGAGGGUUGUUAGGACGGUCAGGUGGUCACCUCCCGCUGCUGGGGCAUUAAAGAUUAAUCUAUCUCUUUCAGCGGCAGUAGGGGGGGGGGGGGCUGCGGCCGUGGUGCGCAAUCAGGCGGGUGGUUUUUGCUAUGGGAUUGCCUGGUCUGGACAUGGGGAGCAUGCUCGGGGGAUGUUCCGGGUCCUGUUCUCGUGUCUGGAGUGGUGCCUGGCCGGGGGUUAUACAGAGAUUGUAAUGGAGUCCACGUGGGCGGAGCUGUGUAGUUAUGUUGAUCUUUCUUUUCGCCCGCCGUGGUUUCUGGACGACGUGGUGUCCAGGCUUCGAUUCCUGUGUUCCUGUGGGAUAGUUACUGCUGUCUUGUGCCCGUCUAGGGCCAAUCUUCCUGUACGGACAUUAGCUGAUUGGGUGGUUGACAAGCCGGGGGAGGCCAUUUUCGGGACCUUAAUGAUCUGCCGCCUAGGGUUUGUUUCUUUGGCCUCCGAGGCAUAUACUGGUCUAUAG